GAAGAACUCCUGACCAACAGAGACACAGUCAGCAGCAGCGACUUGACCAAGAGAGGUCAACACAGACACUUCAUCCACCAAUGGGCCAUUGUAACAACUAGCACCUCUUCUACUGCAAGACAUCCUUCACCUUACAGCCGCACCCUGAUCUCUGAGGUUUCCAUUUCCCAUCUUUGAGCGGUUUUCCAACUAAGGUCUGAGAAAAUGGCAGCAAUUCCAUCUACUGGCUCCCUCAUCGCCACCCAUGAUUACUAUAGAAGGCGCCUUGGUUCCAACUCCAGCAACAGCUCCUGUGGCAGUGCUGAGUACACAGGAGAGGUCAUUCCACACCACCCAGGACUUCCAAGACAAGAUUCUGGCCACUGGUGGACUUCAUUUUUCUUUGCAAAACAGAACCAGCCCGGCAUGCAGAACGGAUCUGAAACUCAAAAGAAGGGAACAUACACAGUGGCUAACGGCCAGGUGACCUGCAUCGCCAGGGAAAUGGUUUUGAACAGACAAGUCAGUGAAAGCAGUGAAAAUGGAAAGUCUGAAACAUCGAGUCCUCCACCUGCUUCCUCCUAGACUUCAUCCCUAGCCAGCGCCUCACCUUCCUGCCUCACACCUCCCUCACCCUCAGCUCGCCAUCCAUCCCAUAGCCCAAUCACUGGAGAUGUAGAUGUUGAUGGUGUUUGUUACCUUUAGUCAAUGCUUUUUCCAUUUUGCCCAUGUAUAGUAUUUUUUAUUAUGACCAAAAGUUUAAAAAAAAGUAUGUAAAAAGUUUUUUCAUUUUAUUGUUCUUGUGACUUUACACUGUUAAUAAUAUGAAUAAUAAAUCAAUAAAAUGCAUAAAGUCA